GUCGAUGCGAGUGAAGCUGCAGCCAGCGUCCAGUUCCAAGCUCCCUGCGUUCAGUCCUUUGAUGCCUCCCGCCGUGAUAUCUCAGAUGCUGCUGCUGGAUAACCCACACAAAGAACCUAUCCGGUUGCGGUAUAAGCUGACUUUCAACCAGGGCGGGCAGCCAUUCAGCGAAGUAGGAGAAGUGAAAGACUUUCCAGACCUGGCUGUCUUGAGCACCGCCGAACUUCUCAACUGAGACUCUUCAGUCAAGCUUAGGCCAGCGUUCCUCUCACUGUCUGGUCGGGACUCAUUGUGACGUAGUGCAGUGUGCCAAGAGUUCUCUCCUGAUGUCAGGCCUUGAUUGCCAACCUCUGUCUGUAGAUCAUAUGUGUGCAUAUGCGUGUUAUUGGGGUGCUGGGGGAGGAGGGAGAGCUGGGCUUGGGAUUUGGGCAGUGUGGGGGAUGCUGACAACUUCUGAGAUCAUCUCUGCUGCACUCAUAUCUGCUUCUGCAUGUUGGUUGACACUUGUCCCUGCCUCGGGUUGGAGUUUUAUAAGCCAAAGUUUUUUCCAUGUAUUGUUAUCUUUUCAUCCAUCCACUCUGUGCCUUGUCAGCCUUUGAAAGUCUUCGUUGCUCCCAGGCUGCUAUUCUCAGGGACCUUAGAAAGGGACCUGGUUGGUCUUGUGACAGAGAGUGUCUUCUGGGACACACUUUUCCAAGAAUGGCCUUGUCUUCAUUUUCAUUAGAGAAUGCUGCUUGCAGAGGUUCAGUAAAACCUAAAUGGAAUGCUUAUUGCACUGGUUCCAGGCAAGGGGCUGCCAUGAGACCAGGAGACCACACUUGGUGGGCCAAUCAUGUCCUUCACUACAGUGCCUUAGAUUCUCCCUUAGAUGGACCCUCUGAGGCCUUGCUCAGGCCUUGGGUUCUGUGGGUUGGGCAGCCUGUCUGGGCCCUUACUCAGGACCCACAAUGUCGUCAUCCUCAAUCUUUCUGUUCAUAAACAUCUCAAAGCUCUUUCAUUGUGACCUUAUUUUCAUUGUUGUAUAUCACAGCUAGCUGGCCAGUCCCGUGACCCUCACAAUCCACGGUGGAGAACUGUGAUGUAGGUAGAGAGCCAUGUGAUUACUAAGUACAGAACAUCAUUGAAUAAAUACUGUGUACAAAUUU